UUUUUUUAUUUUUUUAAUGAAUUAAAAAAAAAUCAAGAUUAAAUAGAAAAUACCACAAAACCUAAAACUUUAAUAUAUUUACAUAUCCAACCAGUCACCCACCCACUUACAAUUAACCCGACCGACCCGUGUUUUAAUAAUCCUAAAUCCCUAAAUUCUUUGUCUUCGACAAAACCAAUGAAACCUACAGAGUAAAUCACGAUCUCCCUCUAUCUCCCAUUACUAAUCGAACUCGGCAACAAUCAUCUUGAAUCUCAUCUAUUUCUCCAAUUCGUGUCAUUCAUUGAGAAACUAUGUCUCCAAAGACUCGACUCGCCGAAAAAAAUAACAAAGAAGAUGCGCUGGAGAAGAAGAAGAACGAGUCAAUGGCGAAGAAGAAGAAAGCUGCGGCGGAGAAGAAGAAAGCUGUGAGGGAGAAGAAGAAGGACUCCGCGAGAAAGAAAAAAGAAACAUCAGUGAAAAGAAGGAGAGAGGCCGUGAAAAAAAGAGAGAUGCGGCGAAGAAGAAUACUGAAACUGAGACCGCUGAGAAGAAGAGGAAGCGAAACAGUGGUGUCGACGGUGGGUCCUUGUCGAAUCCAACCAAGCGGGCUCGGAACACCGCAUCUCCACCGGAACAGGAACAUCAAGGCGAUCAUUCCCCAGCACCAUCAGCGGAAUUGCCUUCUCAGGCCGAUGUCGAGGGUACAACAGGCCUAGCGCAUCCGAGUGAGCCACAAAAAUCACCUACUCAGGCACCUAGUGAGGCCGAGAAUCCACUGCAACCUCCAGUAACCUCACUUUCAAUAUCAUAAUCUUCCACAAAUUGUCCUUCACAUCGUGUAGACAAUCACGAUGAGGAGAUUGUAUCCAACAAUAGAGAUUCACACACACCUGAGGCUGCCAUUGACCAUACUGCGCAAAGAACGGAGGCUGAGGAUAUGGCGGUAAACCCCCUUAGACCAAAUGAGUUUUUCUUCAAACCGCAGGAUUAUCGGAAGUCUUGUAAGCUUCAAUCAAGAUGCCACCAAUAAAAAUUCAUGACGAUCCUGGGGGGGGGGGGGGGGGGGUUAGAUGAAUCAUAAAAGAGGUGGUUUCUCGAACACCCACAGUUCAAGCACUUGUUCCACAUGGUUUGGACCUCAACUAGAAAGAUGAUGGGAUUGUGGAUGUUGCUACUCCGCACCAUUGUUACGCAUAAGAGUCGGCAAGCGUGGUUUUCUGUAAAUGGUGUUCCUAUUCGGUACUCGAUCAGGGAACACGGUCUCAUCUCAGGUUUAUACUGCCACCAGUAUCCCGAAAAUUAUCAGAGUGGCUUGAGCAUGAUGUUGGCGGAGAAACAGUUUACGAAAAUGUUCAUGAAGAAGCUGAAGAAGCUGAAGAAUAAGAAGAAGAAACCAGAGGAAGAGGAACUAAAGGUGACAGUUCAGGAUGUGGAAGAGAAGCUUUCGCAGAUGAAGCUAGAUCGUACCAAUGACCGGCUGAAGGUGGCUAUUAUGUACUUUUUGGCCACAGUUAUAGAUGAGAAGUCCAAAUAUGGAGGCCCCAUCGAUCCUUUUCUUCUGCAAAUUGUUGAUGAUCUAGAGCUGUGUAAUAAAUUUCCAUGGGGACGUUUCACGUUUGAUCACUGCAUGAAAGAGAUCAAACAUAUGAAGGAUCAUUUUAGAAGAGGACUGCCUGAAAACCCGAAAUGGACAUUUCCUGGGUUCAUCAACCCUUUAGAAGUAAUGAGGACGAGGAGGAUGAGGAUGAUGGGAAGGAGGCUGAGCAUGAUGAUGAUAAUGGCGAGAAGGAUGACACUGAGAAAGAGCAUGAGGACGAGGAGGCUGAGGAUGAUGGGAAUGAGCACGAGGACGAGGAUAAUGACGAGAAGGAUGAUACUGAGAAGGACCAUGACGAGGAGGCUGAGGAUGAUGGGAAUGAGCAUGAGAACGAAGGGAAAGAGCCUGAAAAGGAGCUAGAGGUGCAGCCAGAAAAAGAGGCAACUGAUGAUGCUGAGGAUGAUGGGAAAGAGCCUCAAAAGGAGCUAGAGGUGCAGCCAGAAAAAGAGGCAACUGAUGAUGCUGAGGAUGAUGGGAAAGAGCCUCAAAAGGAGCUAGAGGUGCAGCCAGAAAAAGAGGCAACUGGUAACUUGUUGCACUGUGAAUUUGGAGCAUUGACAUUGCAAAUUGGUCUAGUGUGUUCUGACAUUGUUGUAGAUGAUGCCGAAGAAUAUACACUUCGAGUAAUGGAAGCAGCUGCAGAGAAGGUUGUGGCAGAAGCUGCGAGAAAAGAAGCAAUGACGAGGCCAAAGAGGGUGUUGAAGCCUUCACACUUGCAGAAGUCUCCUUUUGUUAAGAAGUGAUUGAAGUUGUUGCUUUUGUUAUGUUAGGAAACUUGUUUGGGGCUUUUGUUAAACUAGAUCUUUUUAAAACUUCUACUGAUAUAAACCUUGUUAGGAAACUUGUUUGUGGUUUUUGCAUUAUAAAAACUGGAUUUGUAGUUGUGUUUAGUUUAAUAGAGAAGAUUUGCAGGUAUUGGCUAUAACUAAUAUUACUGGUUUUAGUGAGUCUAAGUUAUUAAGAAUGGUACAACUAGUACAACUAUCAGAAAGAUGGAACAAUUAGCUUAAAUAACAUGUGUAAAAUAUGAGACACAAUAAAAUAGCUUUCGUAAACAUGUUAUAAACAUCUUAAACGUGGUUGAACAUAAAUAACACAUAGUUGUACCACUUUAUGUAGUUGUACCAGUAAACCAGUUGUACCAGAUUGCACAUAGUUGUACUUUUGGACCGAAAAUGCAAACCUUAGUUGUACUAGAUAAAAAUUAUAAUUUCAUCGGUUGUACUACUUGUUUAGUUUUACUUACAUGAGCCCAAAUAUUAUGGAUGCAUAAAUAUUGCAAAAAUACGUUCUAUGUAUGUUUUCAAAAAUAACAUGGACAAACAUAUUAACAAAUCCUAAAAGUAUUUGGUAGAUGAAGAGAACAUAUGUGAUUGUGUAAUAAAUAUUCAAAAAUUUUGUUAAAACUAAUUGUAACUCAAUAUUAACCACUC